CCCUCUGCCUUGGGCACCCCCGUGCACCCCCAGCCUGUAGCCCCCCCUCCCUGCGGGCAAGGACUCCAUCCCUGCCCCAGUGUCACCCCAAUGUCCCCAUAGCGUCCCCAGGGCCAGGCUGGGUGGCGCAAGGCUGUGGUGGUGACAUGUGGUCCUGUCACCCCUAUAAGGGGGACAACGGGCCGAGCCCCCCAGACCCCAGGUGAGGAGCGGGGAUGGGGACGGGGACAGGGAGGGGAACAGCAGAGUGGGGUCAGCCCCUGGCUGCUGGGGUGGGCACCAGGCGUGGGCAUCCCUGAGGCUGGGAUGAGGGUGUUGGGGUCACGGGGGUCUCUGGGAUGCCGGGAGCAUAUGGGAGUGGCACAGGGAAUGGUGGAGGGACAGUGGGGAUAUGGGGCACAGAGGGGCAGGAUGGGGUGAGGGACACAAGGUGGAACUGGGGGACAUGGGGACACAAGGUGGAACAAGGACAGUGGGGACACGGGGGAUGGCAGAAGGGCCACAGAGAGAACGGAUUGCUACCAAGGGUGGCAGAGGGGCUCUGGACCGUGGUGGGGUGUGACAGGGCUGUGGCAUCUCCAGAAGGUGCUGGUGGUGUCCCCAGUGUCCCUGCGUGUCCCACUGCCAUGUGGCUGUGCCUGCUGCUCGCUCUCGCCCUGCUGGGCACUGUCUCUGCCAGCCACCCUGCCCCCCGCCAGCCCCAGGGGGUCCCCGCUGGUGAGACCACCCAGCUGCGCUACGCCGUGGUGAAGAAGCUGCGCACCUACUCGGGCGCCCAGAGCUACUGCAAGGACGUGUACCGGGGCCAGCUGGCCUCGGUGCACAGUGCUGCCCGCAACCAGGAGCUGCAGAAACUGGCAGGAACCUACAAAAUCAUCAUCUCACCCUGGAUCGGAGCUGUCACCAGCCGCAGGCAGGCGGGGCAGUGGGAAUCCUACUGGGAGGACUCCAGCCCCUGGAACUACGCGAACUGGGCGCCCACCCACCCCUUCCACAUUGUCACCACCUGCACCACACUCAGCAUCCGAGGUAAGGUCACCCAGCCACCGUGUCCAGGCUUGGGGGGUGCUGGGGAGGGGAGCACAGGCUGCUGGGGCAUGGGAGGAACAUUGGGAGGGCACUGUGGGGAGGGGGCUGCAGGGCACUGGGUGAGCUGAGGGGAGAACCGAGGCCACUGGGAGGGGUUAC